ACCCUUCACAUUCAGAAGCACAAACUGCCAACAAAAUAAAUCAGUCCAUUUCACAUUGAAAGAGAGCCAACAUGAGGUUGUGGUGGUGCUGUGUAAUUGCCUUCGUCCUCACUCUUCAUCUGCCCAAUUCUGCAGCGCAGACGCCUCGGAUUCGUAACAAGACUAAGCCACGGACAGCGCCAACGACUAGACCUGCAGCAGAUCAUCUGUCCACAGCAUAUUAUGCAAAAUCAUGCCCAAAUCUUGAAGCCAUCGUCAAUCAGAAAGUGAAUGCUUGGAUUAAACGGGAUUCGACUAUUGCUCCCAGCAUUAUCCGUCUGCAUUUCCACGACUGCGCCGUUAGAGGGUGUGAUGCCUCAGUUUUGUUGAAUCAUCGAGGCAGUGAAAGGAGCGCUCAUGCAAGCAAGACACUACGAGGGUUCACAUUAAUUGACGAGAUCAAGGCCGAGGUGGAAAGGCGGUGUCCACGAACGGUCUCUUGUGCGGACAUACUCACUGCUGCAGCUAGGGAUGCAACUAUUCUUGCAGGAGGUCCUUUCUGGGAAGUGCCAUUUGGGAGGAAAGAUGGACGGGUAUCUCUCGGUACAGAAGCCAACCUUGUUCCCCAGGGGCACGACAACAUCACUUCCUUGAUUGGCUUAUUCCAAAAACUCGGUCUAAACAUAGUCGAUCUUGUUGUCCUCUCGGGUGCACACACCAUAGGAAGAAGCAGUUGCUCUUCUAUUCAGCAAAGGUUCUCCAACUUCAAUGGAACAAGAAAAUUCGAUCCAUCAAUUGAUAUCAAUUAUCUGAGUUCUCUGAAGAGACAAUGUAAAUUGGGCACUAAUUUUGUUAACCUUGAUGUCACAUCUCCAAGGACAUUUGAUGUGGCCUACUAUACAAAUCUUGAAAAGAAACUGGGAUUGCUGUCCACUGAUCAAUUGCUUCAUUCAGAUUCAAGAACUUCACCUCUUGUUGAUGCAUUGGCAUCUCAGGCACAGCUCUUUACAAGCCAAUUUGCAGUGUCUAUGGUGAAGUUGGGAAAUGUGCGAGUUCUUACUGGCAAAAUGCAAGGGGAAAUACGAAGAAAUUGCAAUUUUGUCAAUUCUUGAGCAUUUGUAUCUGCCUUAAUGUUUCCAUCGGUUGAUUCUGCUGCUUCUUAAUGUGUUUGGGAGUUUUUUUAACUUUAUUAUUAUUGCUGUAACAUGUUUGUGAGUUGUCAAGUAAUUAGUAUUGUAUGAGUCUAGGGUAGAGGCAUAUAUAUAUAUAUAUAUAUAUAUAUAUAUAUAUAUGCACGAUCUAGUUUUGAGACUGUCCGUGCCGGUCAUGCACUAGACGGC